CUACAAAAUCUCAUCCCUCCCCCGUUUCUUCAUCUCUCUCUGUAAAUCUCUCAUUUUUCUCUCUCCUCUCUGAAAAUGGAGCGUGCUAGGAGACUCGCAAAUCGGGCGAUUCUGAAACGCCUGCUAUCCGAGUCGAAACAGCAACGUUCUGGUGGUGUGCAUUCUUCAUCAUCAUCAUCACCUGCUCUGUUUUCAUCAUCAAGGUAUGUAUCUUCAUUAGCUCCAUCAGUACUUCCAAGAUCUGGGGUCUCACCAAAUGAUGUUUUGAUGAAGAAAAACCAUCAGAUUAGAUUGAUUUCUGUCGAAUCGUUAAAACCCAGUGAUACAUUUGCUAGGAGACAUAACUCAGCAACCCCAGAGGAGCAAACUAAAAUGUCUGAAUCUGUUGGUUUUGAUAGUAUCGAGUCUUUAAUUGAUGCUACUGUGCCCAAAUCCAUAAGAAUUGAAUCCAUGAAGUUUUCUAAAUUCGAUCAAGGUUUAACUGAAUCCCAAAUGAUUGAUCAUAUGAAGAUGUUAGCUGAUAAAAAUAAGGUUUUUAAGUCGUUUAUUGGUAUGGGUUAUUACAAUACUUCUGUGCCUGCUGUGAUUUUGAGAAAUAUUAUGGAAAACCCUGGUUGGUAUACUCAGUAUACUCCAUAUCAAGCUGAGAUAUCUCAAGGUAGGCUUGAAUCUUUGCUUAAUUAUCAGACUGUCAUUACGGAUCUUACCGGUUUGCCGAUGUCGAAUGCUUCACUUCUUGAUGAAGGAACUGCUGCUGCUGAAGCAAUGGCUAUGUGUAAUAAUAUUCAGAAAGGGAAGAAAAAGACUUUUAUUAUUGCUAGUAAUUGUCAUCCACAGACAAUUGAUAUUUGUAAGACUAGAGCUGAUGGGUUCGAUUUGAAAGUCGUUACUUCGGAUCUUAAGGAUAUCGAUUACUCGUCUGGUGAUGUAUGUGGGGUUUUAGUUCAGUAUCCUGGUACUGAAGGUGAGGUUUUGGAUUAUGGAGAGUUUGUGAAGAAGGCUCAUGCUUCGGGUGUGAAGGUUGUGAUGGCGACGGAUCUACUUGCGCUGACAAUGUUGAAGCCUCCAGGGGAAUUUGGAGCUGAUAUUGUUGUUGGAUCUGCUCAGAGAUUUGGUGUUCCAAUGGGUUAUGGAGGUCCACAUGCCGCUUUCUUGGCUACUUCUCAAGAUUAUAAGAGAAUGAUGCCCGGAAGAAUUAUUGGUGUUAGUGUUGAUUCUUCGGGAAAACCUGCUCUUCGUAUGGCUAUGCAAACAAGGGAGCAACAUAUCCGAAGAGAUAAGGCUACCAGCAACAUCUGUACAGCUCAGGCGUUGCUUGCAAACAUGGCUGCCAUGUAUGCAGUGUAUCAUGGACCAGAAGGCCUCAAAGUUAUUGCCCAGAGAGUUCAUGGUCUAGCUGGCACUUUUGCACAUGGACUGAAGAAACUUGGAACAGUAGAUGUUCAAGGGGGUGCAUUCUUUGACACUGUAAAGAUUAAGUGUGCUGAUGCUCAUGCUAUUGCAGACGCUGCUACCAAGAGUGGAAUGAACUUGAGGAUUGUGGAUUCAAACAACAUUACUGUAGCUUUCGACGAAACAACCACCUUGGAGGAUGUGGGUGAGCUUUUCAAAGUGUUUUCUGGAGGAAAGCCUGUGCCCUUUACUGCUGCAUCACUCGCACCAGAGGUUCAGAAUGCCAUCCCAGCAGGACUCGUUAGGGAAAGCCCUUAUCUCACCCACCCAAUCUUCAACUCGUACCACACAGAGCAUGAAUUGCUCAGAUACCUUCACAGGUUGCAAGCUAAAGAUCUAUCAUUAUGUCACAGCAUGAUUCCUUUGGGAUCUUGUACAAUGAAAUUGAAUGCCACCGUAGAAAUGAUGCCGGUGACAUGGCCCGAGUUUGCAAAUUUGCACCCAUUUGCCCCUACUGAACAGGCUGCAGGAUAUCAGGAAAUGUUCGACGAUCUUGGUGAUCUAUUGUGUACCAUCACCGGUUUCGAUUCAUUCUCCUUGCAACCUAAUGCUGGUGCUGCUGGAGAGUAUGCUGGGUUGAUGGUUAUUCGUGCAUACCAUAUGGCAAGAGGAGAUCAUCAUCGCAAUGUUUGCAUCAUUCCGGUUUCAGCACAUGGAACAAAUCCUGCUAGUGCUGCUAUGUGUGGAAUGAAAAUAGUUACUAUUGGAACUGAUGCUAAGGGUAACAUCAACAUCCCCGAGUUAAAGAAAGCAGCUGAGGCGAACAAAGAUAACCUAUCUGCUCUCAUGGUUACAUAUCCUUCAACUCAUGGAGUUUAUGAAGAAGGCAUUGAUGAGAUUUGCAAGAUAAUUCAUGACAAUGGUGGCCAAGUCUACAUGGAUGGUGCAAACAUGAAUGCGCAGGUCGGUCUGACAAGCCCAGGUUACAUCGGGGCAGAUGUUUGCCAUCUCAAUCUCCACAAAACAUUUUGCAUUCCACACGGUGGAGGUGGUCCAGGAAUGGGUCCUAUUGGUGUGAAGAAACAUUUGGCACCAUAUUUGCCAUCACACCCUGUGGUGUCCACUGGUGGUCUACCAGCCCCUGAGAAAGCUGAGCCAAUGGGUACCAUCGCUGCUGCACCUUGGGGUUCUGCACUUAUUUUGCCCAUUUCAUACACAUACAUUGCCAUGAUGGGGUCUAAAGGACUCACUGAUGCAUCAAAAAUAGCAAUCUUGAGUGCAAACUACAUGGCAAAACGCUUGGAGAACCACUACCCCGUUCUUUUCCGCGGUGUCAAUGGCACAGUUGCCCAUGAAUUCAUCAUUGACCUAAGAGGCUUUAAGAAUACUGCUGGAAUUGAACCGGAAGAUGUUGCUAAGCGUCUGAUUGAUUACGGAUUCCAUGGGCCUACCAUGUCAUGGCCUGUUCCAGGAACCCUUAUGAUUGAACCUACAGAAAGUGAAAGCAAGGCCGAGUUAGACAGGUUCUGUGAUGCUCUUAUAUCAAUUAGAGAAGAAAUUGCACAAAUUGAAAGUGGGAAAGUCGAUGCCAACAACAACGUCCUUAAGGGAGCACCCCAUCCCCCAUCUGUGCUCAUGGCUGAUUCAUGGACAAAACCAUAUUCACGAGAUACCGCUGCUUUCCCUGCCUCAUGGCUCAGAUCUUCAAAAUUCUGGCCCACCACAGGACGUGUGGACAAUGUGUAUGGUGACCGUAACCUUGUCUGUACCCUCCAACCAGAGGCUGUUGAAGAAGCUGCUGCAGCUACUGCCUAAGUCUUUUGAUAUGCCUCGAAAGUUUCUUCGGAGACCAGAAAAGCCUUUUCGUAGUGUCCCCGUAAUCCCAUUUCUAGAUUGUAUAUAAACAACUUGGUUCUUGUUCUUCUUGCAGCUACUUACUCUCAUCUUCUUAAUAUCAUUAUUUAUAAGCUGCCUUCAUAAAAAUCAGUUGCUUUGGUCAACUUAGGUGUUCUAGUUACCUGGUAUCUCUCUUUCUCAAAUAUAUUUUGAUUUUGCCAUCUUCAUUUAUCAAAAGAAGUAAUAAAUCUAGGUAUUUAGCUUUAAAGUAAUGUUGUACAUGAAAAACGUGUAAAAGGCAACUACAUUUUCAA